UUCCUCUGCUAUGUGCCAGAGAUUUCCCUCUGUAACUAUAGAGCCAGUGCUUUAAACUUUCUGCAGGGAGGCGAAAGUUUGUUGUGGGACACGUGCAAAUGAGAGGAAAGCAGGAGCGAUGUUCCCCCGGCUUGGCUGAUUUUCCUGCAUUCUGAGUCUCCCCCAACUCUCUCUCACACACACACACGUACAUAUUCCCACCUUGAAAGAAAUGGUCGGUGGAGAUGGGACUGUGCCUGGGAUCCGAGAGUACUGCCGAGGAGCGACAGGCCCGGCUCCGCAGUGAAAAGAUUGACCGUGUACUCUGUGAAUAUGCCAAGCAGGAGCAGAACGUGGUGAAAAUUCUGCUGCUGGGUGCAGCAGAGAGUGGGAAGAGUACAUUGGUAAAACAAAUGAAGAUUAUUCAUAGUCAUGGUUUCACUGAAGAAGAACUUAUAAGUUUCAAGCCCGCUGUCCUGGACAAUCUCCUCAGUUCAAUGAAGUUUGUGCUCCAAGGGAUGGGAAUCCUGAGGAUUAAUCUGGCCAACCCCAAGAAUACCAUCCACGCUCAGACGGUGCUGUCCUGUGGUCGCUGUUUCGAUGAGGAUUAUGCCCUCUUCCCCUUCAUGUCCCAUGCCCUUCGCUUCCUGUGGGCAGACCAGGGGGUCAAACUGGCUGCAUCGCGAGGCUACGAGUUUGAGCUGAAUGACUCCGCGCAUUACUUUUUUAUGAACAUUAAUCGAAUCACUUCACCAGAAUACAAGCCAACACAAACGGAUUUACUGAGGGUUCGGCUACGGACGACAGGUGUCAUUGAAACUCAGUUCAAGAUCAAUAACUUGGUAAUCCGUCUUCAGGAUAUUAACGGGGAAAGACAUGACAAGAUUAAGAUAAACUGUUUCCGCUGCGUGAUAGCUGUUAUUGCUGUAGAUAGCUAUUGGGGAUAUACUGUGAAACUUGUCCAAGAGACCAGUGUUAACCGCUUGCAGGAGAGUUUGAGACUGUUUUCUUCCAUCUGCAACAACAUAUUCUUCAGGAAUACCUCCAUGAUCUUAUUCCUGAACAAAAUUGACCUGUUCCAAGAAAAGAUUUUGCACUCGGGGAGACAUCUCCGGCUGUACUGUGCACAUUAUCGAGGUGCUGAUUGCGAUGUGGAUUCUGCUGCUCGCUUUGUUGCCGGUCAGUUCCUGUCUCUCAACAGGAACCCAGCGAAGUUGAUCUACCACCAUUUCACAACGGCCACCGACACGUCCAAUAUCCAAGUUGUCUUCCAGGUCGUCAUGGACACCAUCAUAAAGGAAAACCUGCAAGCGGUCUCUCUGCUUUAAUCUUUGUUGGGUGCAGUGGGCAGGGUUCUGGGGGGGGAGGUUUCAGACAGAAAGCGGUUGCCCACAAAGGUUGGGAUUAGAGUCUGCUCUGGUUCAUGAUCAGGCUAGCAGAACACAUGGACCCUCGGACCAGCCUCCCUACAAUCUAACAGACUUGUCGCACUGACGGCUAUGUUGAGAUAUCGCACCUUGGACGACCUCCUUUCCUCGGGAAGGGGAGAGAUAAUUGGUGAAACUCCACAUCAUUUCAAUAUUGUAGCCACCCAGCCUCCUGUUGGUGAGGGUUGGGUGGGGGGGUGGUUUUGCUGUGAAGGAUAUUUAAAGCUCCACAUUCCCCCAGUCUACAAGAAGGGACUGUGAAUGCGAUCUUGGCAAAGUGAGCACUGUUUGAAGUUUCUGACAGCCCAGUUAUCUUCUCCCCUCUGCUAUACCCCUAGUCUCUAAUUCCAGAGGCAGCAUUGGUAGUAUGGGGCUGCAUUUGGAGGACAAUUCCAGUGACAUUUCAUUGGAUGUGGGGGAAGGCAGUUUACUGGGACAACCUGGCCAAACCCCUCGAACACUGGGAUUUUCUAUGAUGGUACAUUAUUGUGAACCAGUGUGCAGUCUUACAGUCAAUUCCCACCAACUGUACUCAUAAACUACUGUCACCACUGCCUCUGGGCUAGGGGAGGGCCAAGGCUUUUAGUCUCUGGACUUGCUGAUGUCCUAGUUUGUUGCUGCCUCUAGAUCAAUCCUUUCUAAUGAAGGGAGUUUCAGUAUGUUAUGGAAAAGCUGUGUCUCGAUAUAUUUUGUUGUAUUGUUAAUAUUGAAUGACAAAUGUUGCACUGGUGUAUUUUUAGAAUAAAGUAGAUAAUGGCCCUUAAA